AUGACAUUCCAAUCAAGUGAAGCGAACUUCUCCUUGUAUCGCUCAUUUUCCUAUCUCCAUUCACGUGUCCUCCUUGAUUUGCAGGAUGAGAUCACAUCACUGGAGAAGGAAUUAGACGACAUAGACUGGGACGAUUUCGAUGAAGAGCCUUCGCGGUUGCAGUCGAGGCAAUUCGACAACAGUCAGCCUGAUGGCGAGGGAGCGCCCCGCAGCCGACGAGUCAUACUACGGGAUAUCAAAGCCAAGCUGAUGGAGUAUGGUACGUACAUCUUGUAG